UUCGUAUUUUCUUCGGCUUGUUGGAGUAGUUUGGUGUGCCGUGUAAUACAACAAAAAAAUUAAAUAUUUCGUUUAAUAUUUAAUUUUUUGGACUAUAGACAAAGAAAAACAUGUUGAAAACUUUUCAACAAUCCAUUCGGGAUGUAAACAAAGUGAAAAAAACUCAAUGUUCCAAUGUGCGUGAUUCGUCUGUUGUUGUUGUGGCCAGCGCCACAACAACAAAAUUCAUUCAUUCAGACUGAAGGGAUCAAAACCCAAAAAUUCUUUUUUUCCAAUCAACUUCAUUUCAUUUUAUCUCGCAGAAUAUAUAAAGAAACAAUUAUGUAAAACGAAAAAAAUAUUUAACUAUUAUGUGAAUAAUAAAUGUCCAGAUAAUGUGAGAUUUUUUAAUUUUACGAAAAUAUGAACAUAAGACAUAGAUAAUUGGCUAUUAGUGUGAGUGUAUUAAUUAAAAUGUCAGUGCAAUGGAAAAAAAGAAAAAAUCGAUUACAAAAAAAAUUAACAAAACAAUAAAAACAUCCAUUAGCUAGUGUGUGAACAAACAAAUCAAAGUUGGCUUAUUGACAAAAAUACCAAUCUCUGAAGAACAAUGAAAACGAAGAAGUAACAAUCAACCAACAAAACAGAAUGUCGAAUGUCGAAGGCACCCUUGUGGGAACUAAUUGGAGUUUAAGUCGAACCUGAACCUGGUUUAUAAUCUAUAGUGUGUUGAAAUAUUUCUGCAAAGUAAUACUCGAUAAUUGUAAAAGGAAAUGGUAAACUGUAAAAAGUACAUUCCCGAAUGAUGCCAAACUGGAUGUCACAGUUUCGAAACACGAGAAGGUGUUUGGAUUUUUAGAAUGUUGCUGUAAAAUCUGUGACUUGUAUAUUUAUAUGUAUGUCGGAUUAGUACAAAAGUUCAAAACAAAUUUUUACACUAAGUUAUUAACACAAGAUAACUGAAGGAGCUUCAGCAUGACCACGACGCAAAAUUACAAAAUGCCUUCUACGAGCAAAGUUUCCGUUGAUAAGCUUUUAAGAGUGGGCUGCUAUGACUUGGAGAAGACUAUCGGGAAGGGCAAUUUUGCAGUUGUAAAGUUGGCAUCAAAUAUAGUUACAAAAACAAAGGUAGCUAUAAAAAUUAUAGACAAAACGUGCCUAAAUGAAGAAUACCUGGCAAAAACGUAUCGCGAAAUAUCAAUUCUUAAAACACUAAGGCAUCGUCAUAUUACGCGGUUGUAUGAAGUUAUGCAAUCAGAAACUAUGAUAUAUUUAGUUACGGAAUUUGCAUCGAAUGGAGAAAUAUUUGACCACCUUGUAGACAAUGGACGAAUGAAAGAGCCCGAAGCUGCCAGAGUAUUCUCGCAAUUGGUGUCAGCGCUCAAUUAUUGCCAUUGCCGGGGUGUUGUUCAUCGGGAUCUUAAGGCGGAAAACGUGCUAUUAGAUAAAGAUAUGAACAUAAAAUUGGCUGAUUUUGGCUUUAGCAACCGGUAUGAAGAUGGUAGUCCACUCACAACGUGGUGUGGAUCGCCACCGUAUGCCGCACCUGAAGUAUUUCAAGGAUUAGAAUACGACGGUCCCAAGGCAGAUAUAUGGAGUUUGGGUGUAGUAUUAUAUGCGUUAGUAUGUGGUGCCUUGCCGUUUGACGGAAAAACUCUUUUGGAAUUGAAAAGUCGUGUGGUUACCGGAAAGUUUCGUAUUCCAUAUUUUAUGUCGCAAGAAUGCGAGCAUCUCAUACGUAAUAUGUUGGUAGUGGAACCCGAAAGACGCUACAGCAUCAAGCAAGUGAUGAAGCAUCGCUGGGUUAGCGAAUGGAUAGCAGAAGCUGAAAGGGGAUCAUGUCAAACGACAAACAUCGCUUCAGAGGCAUCAUUGGAAAAUCAACCUACUGCAGUACCAAAUUUAGAUUCAGUCGUCGUUUCGCAUAUGCUGCAGUUAUCCGGACUAACGGCAGACAAAAUAGCUCAAUCAGUGCAUGAAAACCGGUUUGAUAAUAUAUAUGCAAUUUACUAUUUACUGUAUGAUAAACUUCAGCAAAAACGUAGGGAAACUCAGAGAAUUCAACAUCAUGCGAAUAGGGCUAGGUCUCGUACGAGUAUAACCACGGGCAUUGUAGAUCGUUCUGAGCCAUUACAAGCUGAUUCAAUAGAUCGUUUAAGCCCACUGGUCAACACCAAUUCUGCCCAAACGGGAGCAGAGUACCAAUGGACUGACAUAUAUGUUGAAUUGGAGAAGUUUAGUAGCGACAUAGAAUUGGAAUGUUUACAAGGACAAAAUGAGACCAACAAUCAAAAUCAGUUCUAUACUAAUGCUGUAUCAAAUCAAGGAAACGGAAAUGGUAACACAAGAAGGCAUACAGUCGGACCUGGCGACGUUGCCCAUGAGCAAGCACUCCAAGAUCCAAACGUUGUGGCUUUGAAUUUCAAAUAUGAACCAUUAAAAAGCCAAGCGAAUGCAUAUCCAUAUCCUCCAAUCAAUCUACCAAUGUUACAAAAUCAACCAUUACAUUGUCUCACUAUAAAAGAUCAGCAUUUGUUGAAACCUCCUCUCGUAAUGGGUGCAACCGGUUCCUUCAACCGCCGAGCUUCAGACGGAGGAGCUAACUUACCCUACUCUUUUACUACGGUACAACAAUCGUCAUCAAUGGAAAAUCACAAUAAAGCAAACGAUGCAUUUGGCAUAAGUCCCACAGCAACAGUAAACAGUGAAUUAAUUACCGCCAGUGUAAAUAUGCGUAUUUCUUCGGAUAACACCAAAUCUAAUAUUAACCAAGAAGAAGCACCGGAAGAAAUUCAGAGAUACAUGCAAAUGCGAGGUAAACGCCAUACUGUGGGUUGUACGGAAGAUCUUUCCAUUGGCCACCAUUCCACAGAGCAGGCUGGCAAUAAUACAAAACCUCAAAUUUCGGUGGGUAUUUCCAACACCCAAGGUGUUAAUACUGGUAUGCGCACAAGACGCACGGGCCUCUUGACAGUUACCGAAAGACCUCCAGUAAUAAGUCCUGAACUGAUUCGCGAGGUCGAGACCCGCAUGAAUCGAAAUUAUUUACCACCAGCCCUUAAAAUGCAAAACAAUUAUUCGGCUGGUUUCAGUCUGUCACCUCCUAACGUUGCGAGUACUUCCUAUAGUAACCCCAACAAUAAUUCUAACUACUCAGUCGUUGGAGCAUCGCCACACGGCAGUACAUCAGCAAUCACUUUAAGUUCUGCUGCAGCUGCUAAUUCUGCCGCUGCUUCAUAUAAUAGUCGACGUUUUUACGGUAAAUCUAGUAAAUUACCCCCCGUACAAGAAGUUGGUCGUUACAGUCCAGUGCGUCGUGCUUCUGAGGGUUCUAAGGCGCAAUUUCAAGGUCCUCUGCAAGAAUGUCAGUACCUGCAAAAAGGUAUCGCUCAACGUAAUUUUUUAGUUGCUCCCAGUCCACCUCUUUUGGAGAACUCAAUCAGUUUACCAGGUUCCCCUAUACAUGGAAAAGCAUCUGGUUGUAGCGCUAUUAGGCGCACUACAGCUCUCACGUCUUCAGCUGUUCACGACAUAGAAAUACCAGCAGAAGCUCUGACAUCUGUUGUGCCCAUAUUAGAUCAAUUAGUGAAAGAACAACGCAUUAGCGUCGAAUUGGCUAACAAAAUUAUAUCCACGAGGCAAGUACACAUGGAUAUGGCGAUGCAGUUGGGUUUGGCAGCACAUGGGGGGCAUGCGGAUAGUUUUGGAUUACACAUGCAACAGCAAAAUUCACACUCGUUAUCUACUUCUACAAAUAGCGCUAAUGCCCAAUUGGGUGAAAUAUUAAACGAGAAUGAGUUAGUGAUGGCCACUAGCAGCCCGUUACUUCAACAAAAAGGUGCUUCGCAGUUUUAUCAUACUCCAGGAAUAAAUCAUGGCAACAUUGUAGGAACAUUACAUUCUAAGUCAACGUUAGCUUCCAGUUAUGCGCCACAGUUUCAGAUUAGCAUGAAAAAUACUGGUUGUCACUCUGGUGGAAGUUCUGGUUGUCAGUCUCCGGUUUACAAUAGCUAUAGCGGUUCUUCUUCACCCAAUGCUUGUUUGGCUGGAGGGGCAGUAUUUUGCGGAGGAAGUAAUGGCGGCGGCGGUUCAUCUCCCUUGCACCAAAUAACAAAGGGCAUUUCAUACCUAACAACUGGAGGUGGUGGUUCCAUUACAAGGGGUACAUCAGCAGCAUGCGAAAUAGCUGCUACUAUUCAACCUUUAGAUUUAUCUAUGGACAUAUCAACUCCCGAAGACCCGGAAACACCUAUCGGAUCAUUGACGUGUCAAAACUGGUUCUUGCCUCCUUCGUCGUACUACGAUUUAAAACCGCUGAAUUUAUCGCCGGCGCAACCUGUAAGGGUAGUAACAACACCACCAACGUCGCCAAAUCUCUGCAUAAUACAGGAAGAAAACCCUCCAGUCCAGAUGACACAUACAAUAAGUACGGGGACACCAUACAGCGGUUGCACAGGCGGAAUUACACCAACACCUUCAUUGGGAAUUCUACCACCCAGUGAAGAUUUAACGUCACCAGGUCAACAGCCCUCACAUCCUCAGAUUUGUCUGACCGAUGUUCAGGGUAGCGAAAUAACAUUGGUAGCACAGUCUUCUGAGACAGUUCUGAAUCCUGACAGUGAUUGCGAUUCAGUGGAACAACAUGUUAUCCCAUUGAUGUCUCUUCAGGGGUUAAUGAUUACUGAACCAGCAAAUGACCAACCAUCAAUAACACGAGGAAUCUCUGGUAAAAAUCCAAGCUUAGAAACCGAACCUAGUUUUGGGAGUACUGCAGUGCCACACACGGGUUCAAUGGAAUGCACUGACAGAAGAGGCAGUGACAAAUCUUUGGGCUUCUCCGAUGAUUCGCUGAGUAAUGACUCCAACAACUUAUCGCCCAGCCAAGAACCAUCUGCCUCAUCCGGCUUCAAAUCGGAUUCACAUUCUGAAGUUGGAGACCACACUGAAGGACAUCUAACACCUGAUUCGAUGUGUGAAUCACGUCGAAUGUCCGAAGAAAUGUACUACGAGUUAACUUUACCCUACGAAUGCUCCAAUUUGAACCCCACACGAAUACUUGAAAUGGUUAAACAAACAAUCGAUUCUACAAUGCCACCAAAGGGCUUUGUAUUACACACCGCAGAUAAUUCUUCUUCAAUGCCAAUUUCGUCUACUUCUGCUUCAAACUGGACGCAAUCCGGAUUAGAGUCGUCCAGCCUAAAUUCUAUGGAUCUCUCUACUCCAUAUAAUGCCGCUAAUUUAAGUCUAGAGUACUCUGGUGGUUUACAAAUCGAGGUUCAAGUCUGUGAAGGUCGCACCGGUAGUCAAAGCUUAAGCAAAGGAAUUAAAUUGAGACGAAUUUCUGGCGACCAAUUUGAGUAUGGAAAAUUGUGUCAACAACUAAUAAACCAACUUAGCAUGCAACAAGUAGCGGGAUAAAUGAAAUGCAUAUCAAUUGCGGCCUCUGAGAGCAACUGUUGGAACAUGUCACUCAUUAAAUAAAGUGGCAAUAACAGCAAAUCAAUUAAAAAAAACAUGCCAUUAAUAUCAUGCUUAAGCGGUUAUAUAUUUUAUGAUAUGGAACUGGGACAUUCGACAGUUUAUCUCUCUUUGGUUUAGCAUGUAAUCCAGGAGUAAUUUAAUGCCCAGCUUAGCAUUUGCAUUUCUUCGAAUAAAGUGCAAUAAAGUUUUCAUGUAAACAUAAUGUUUUUA